AUGGCUGGGAGACGGGCUUUGCAAGAUUUCACUGCAGCUCGCCGGACAGUUGAGCGCCGCGCUGCCCGUGUUGGGCCAUUACCCGAAGCCUCAGAGUUGAGUAAACGCCAGUCUUCUGACGGCCGCUGCGGUCCUGAUUACAACAACCAAGUCUGCGACGAGAGCGACUGCUGUUCUAGUGCUGGAUGGUGCGGUCAGGGCUACCUUUACUGCUCGGCUCCCUCCUGCAUGAUCGAGUAUGGUCCGUCGUGCGAUGCCAAUAUCCGCCCCGAUGGACCAGACACGACGAAUGUUCCCCGUACUAGGCUUGGCUCUGUCCCUUAUGGCCAGGCCAUCUACCACUGCGAGCACUAUGGUGACAUCGCUUUAACUUUCGACGAUGGUCCUUACAUCUAUACCGAGGAUCUGCUGAACAAGCUGAAGGCAUACAAUGCCAAGGCAACCUUCUUCAUUACCGGUAACAACCUGGGCAAGGGCAAGAUAAACGACCCAACCACCAACUGGCCUGCUCUUAUCCGGCGCAUGAUUGCCGAGGGCCACCAGAUUGCCAGCCACACCUGGUCUCAUCAGAGGCUCACCACCAUCAGCGCCGCAAAGUUCCGUAACCAGAUGGUCUACAAUGAGAUCGCCUUUGCCGACCUGCUGGGUUACUUCCCUACUUACAUGAGACCCCCUUAUUCAGCCUGUGAUGCUACAUGCGAGGGCUAUCUCAAUGACUUGGGUUACCACAUCACCUACUUCAACCUUGAUACUGAGGGCUAUCUUCAUGACAGCGCCGACCUCAUCCAAGACUCCAAAGAUAUUUGGGAUGACAACGUCGAGGGCAAGGACGUCGCCACCACCAAGUGGCUCCAAAUUGAGCACGACCCCGUCUACCAGAGUGUCUAUAACCUGACAGACCACAUGCUCGAAUCCCUUUUCCGCAACGGAUUCAAGUCUGUCACCGUCGGUGAAUGCCUCGACGAUCCCAAGGAGAACUGGUACCGCUCCGUUGGUGAUGCCCCGCCGUCCAGUGGCACCACUACUCGUGUAGCCACAGGAACAGGAACUGCCACGUCCUCAAGCGCUACCGCCCCAACCGGCACUCUCCCUGCUUCCACAGACGGCCGCUGCGGAGCCAACUUCGGGAGCACGACGUGCUUCACCGAGCCCGGUGCAACCUGCUGCUCAUCCGCCGGCUGGUGUGGAAACACGGCUGACCAUUGCGGCGCCGCAUGCCAGCCUCUCUACGGAAACUGCCAGACCUCCGGGGCAUCGAGUCCCCCUGCCCCCGUCAGUUCCGCGUCGUCAUCUGCAAACGUUCCCGUCCCCACGCCGUCCGGCACUAGCUCCGCACCUGCGUCCACCGGUACGGCGGCGUCUCCUCCACUGAGCACCAACGGGCGCUGCGGUACCACGCAGGGCGGCACCACUUGCAUCAGCGAACCCGGCGCGACGUGCUGUUCUCAGUAUGGGUGGUGCGGUGCCACGACGGACCACUGCGGUAAUGGUUGUCAGGCUGGGUUCGGUACUUGCGGCACUUCGAACUGA